AUGGUCGAGGUAACGGAUGAUGUUUUGAGAAUUUUACCUGCGUCAUAUUUACUGUGGAUUGCAUUAAUUUUAUCCGUGGGAGUCUACUUCCUCGCCAAUUUUGGGAUCGGAUGUUUUCGACAACGGAGGCGUGCUGCAAAAUCGGUUGCUGGUAUUCCUGGCCCACCGGGGCACUGGCUAAAGGGACACCUUGACUACGUAAGUUCUAAUACUCUCUAAUCAUCCAUAAUUAAUUGCGCUCUGACUUGAUAUCACACUGAGAUCAUAUCCUUUUAGGUUGUUUGGGGGCAGACUCGUUAAGACUCGAAUCAGGAUCAGAAUUUGGCGAUGAAGAUCAGAAUCGAUCCUCGUGAAGGAUCAGAAUUUGACAAAGCAGAAAUGAGCCCAAUGAUUUGGUGGCAAAGAGAGAUUAAAAGAGAUUCGAGUCACUUAAAGGGGCUAUGUCAGCUGGAGAGCAUGCGCUCUGAGGUUAUGCAAAUUACUUCCAACUGUCAAAAUUCUAUUGUUUUUAACGCGUGACUUUCUCCAUGUGCGCUCUGAGGUUAUGCAAAUUACUUUCAACUGUCAAAAUUCUAUUGUUUUUAACGCGUGACUUUCUCCAUGUUCUCUGUCACGUCCAAGGCUCUAGCCUGAGUAUCAGGCCUUCCUACAGGGCUACGGAAGAGGAGAUUUUAGAUGGGGGAGGGGGAGGGGGAGACUUCCAUUUUUCCCCUUUUCCCCAGAAACGCCUGAUACUCAGGCUACCAAGGCUCCGAAUUUAGAGAGAUUAACAAGCGAAAUGGGUUUAGAUAAGGGAAAUUUCGAUAGAAUUUACGGAACGUUUCUUCUCUGGUUAUGCUAGAUCAAGAAUAUGAUUGUGACGACAAUUUUACUUGUAGUUUUGGGGUAAAAACGCAUGCCAUUCAUAAAAUAGUGCGCAAACAAAAAUUCAACAACAGCAUAUUGUCUUAUUCAACAAAAUAAAUCGAAGUUGUAUUUUACAAACGAGCUACAAAAGACGCUAGACCGAAGGUAAAGACCGAGACUGUUUCAAAUCAUUAACAAUUAGACUUGUCUGUCGCUAGUGAUUUUAUAAUUUAGAUGCUGAUAGAACAAGAGACAUCAAGUCUCUGUUUUGAUCUUAGGGAAACAUACAUUAUCGCGCAAAAUUGUUCGAUCGUGCCGAAUCACUGCGACGUCGAGAAAAACAGAACCAAGCAUCAUUGGUGUACUACUCCACUAUAAGCAGUCCGUUGAUAAAAAGGGAAAGUAAACUCUGCUAUUUUCCAAAAAUAUGCUCGAAUACAAACAGUUCAAAAACAUGGCAUUUACAGGAUCUAACUCGUACUAAGGUGCCUCUGUAAGUCCGUUGAGAACAAUCUGGACGAGCAAACGGUCGUGUUUAUCUUUGCCGUGAAUCCAGAGAAAUACAAGAAGAAAUCUAGCCUAAUUCUAUAAUGUUUCCUUCGCCAGGAGUUUAGUUUGGUCACGAAACUCAUGUCCUGAUGCUAAUGUAAUCGUUUACCAAAAACGGCCGCCGCCAACUCGAUAGCCGCUUCAUUAUAUGUCCACAUACUUUGAGCACAAGAAAAAUCCAAGAGCCAGCAACCUCUAAAAUAACUCAGUAGAAAGGUUCUGUGAACUAUAGGGAAGAUUCCAUCAAAGAUUCCAUCACUCAUUGUGGAGUACCCGUCAUUAACUCUGCCAUUAAAACGGCCGCUGAUAAGAGGACACAGUAAAUCCACGUAAAAACAUUCCACAGGCAAACAAUUUCAAAAUAACGCCAAAAAAUUAUUCUGUAAUCACCAUAGAAUGAUUCUUAAUACAAAACUUCGCUAACUAUCGAACGAUGGCUGAGAUUUAGACAGAUAAAAACAGCCUUCCAAAAUCUCCGACAGAACUUGAAAAAGACAGGCCAACUUUUUCAAGUUUGUUUUCAUUGGCUCGCGCAUGCGUGUGGGGUGACAUAGCCCCUUUAAAUAAAAAGCACUUGGAUUUAAGAAAAGAGGCGUCGCAAGGGAGGGGUGGUUGGGGGGGAGGGUAGGGGGUCUACCAUUGAGUGACCAGUCAACACCGCACCCAAGGCAAAUUACUGAGAUAUCUUGGGUGUCACUCCAUAAAGGGUAUUGUUUUUAGUCCUUUUAAGCCUAAAAUGGGCACGCUUUUGUAAUGAAAAUGGUGUCUGCAGGAUGUAGAACUUCCAAAGUAUGAUCAGUUAAUAAUCCUAACUUCGAAUUCGCUACUUUUAAAGGCCUAUCACAGAGUAGAGUAGAUAAGACGCCGAUCUCACAAAAGUAUUGCCAUUCUAAAAGGUCAUCGAACACCUUUGAACGGUCGUCACGAGUCAUGAAAUGUACUAGCAUUAUUUUUAAUAAGUUAUCUACGAAACGCUCGUCAUAAAUCAUUUUUAAAAGUUUUUUGGGAGCGUCUCUUAUGAAUUGGAGAAGCUUCACUUCCAUCACCCAAAACGGGUAAUAUUAUCACUUUGAGUAAUGACUCGGGCGGGGGGAGUACUCCCUUAGAUAAGCUAUAUAGGUAUGUGCCGCCCCAUCGGGUAGGGUUUUUGUGCCGUUUUGGUCUGAAAACGGAUAUACACUUUGCCCAUUUUGGUCUGGAAUUGGGUGUGGUUUUCGAGGGAACUACGGAGAAUUCCCAGGAGUACACCCCCCAGAAUGACUCUUCUCGCCCCAUAUGAGGCAAUCUAGAUUCCGGAAGUCAGGAAGUUUCUGCUUGUGGAACAACGGCGGAAUUCAACUCAAGGAAUCCGGAAUCCCACUAACGUUUGGAAUCCUUAAUCCAAGUUCCACUGACAAGGAGUUCGGAAUCCAGUACCGGGAAUCCAGAAUCCAAGAUCCAAGAUUCCCUCACGUGUGGCGAUAUAGUCAUAUUACUAAUUUCUAUGGACUCUUCUGUCGACAGGCGCGGUUCGAUGGAGCUGGACUUAAAUUCCACGUGAAGUGUGCAGCUGAGUUUAAGACGUGUUAUAGGCUCUGGUUUGGGCCUCUCAGGUCAGCGGUGAUCAUCUGUCACCCGGACACCAUCAAAGUGAUUCAGUCAAGCAAUGCGCCCAAAGAAAGAUUUGUGUAUAAUUUUGUCAGACCAUUUCUUGGUAAGGGUUAGCCUACACAGUUUUGAUUGGUAGGGCUAUAAGUUUUCUAUAAUCCUGUUUCCUAUACUAUCUCAACAAAACAGAACCAAAAAAUUAAGCUUUACCUACCUAUUAUGUGCAUCUUUACCUACUGAAAAACACUGUUUCCCCUCAUAAGCACCCCUCUCGCUCUCUGCCAGUUAAUCAACCUGUAAACAACAAAAAUAUACAUCUGGUUAAAAGCCCCCAGGGAUAGAAGCCCUUCCCACUUAUAACCCCCCCACCAGUUAUAGGCCCAUUUACCUGUAAACAACAAAAAAUAUACAUCCGGUUAAAAUCCCCCAGGGAUAGAAGCCCUUCCCACUUAUAAGCCCCCCCCCCCACCAGUUAUAGGCCCAUUUACCUGUAAACAACAAAAAAUAUACAUCCGGUUAAAAUCCCCCAGGGAUAGAAGCCCUCCCCUCUUAUAAGCCCCAGGGAUAGAAGCCCCCCGCUGGCAUGUAUUGAAAUUUGAUUUUUACGACAUUUUGAAGCUUAGAAAAGCGAGUAAAUUCAAAAAGUAUUUGAAUCAGCACCGCUAUGUAGCUCUUUGAAACGCUAGUCCGGUUAUAGUCCCCUCGUAUAUAAGCUCCCCUUCCAUAAUCCUUCCUAAAGCCCCUUAAAAAGUAGUAAGUACUGAAAAGCUUUCAUUUGAAUAGUCACAGUUCAGGAUCUCAUUCAGACUCAAAAGUUAAAACAUCCACCAUGUACAAAAUGGUAAAUAUUGGGAGGGGGUAAGGGGGUCCAACCUACUUCCGCUCGUCAUUUAAACACUGAUCAGUAAUUCCCCUCUAUCUCUCCCGCUUCCCAAGCUAUUAGAACUUUCAUCCCCGCCCUGUCCUCUCCCAUCUACCGUAUCCCUCCCUGGCUCCCAUCCGGGCUCCCACCCCUUGUCUUCCCCCCACUUAACAACAGGGCAAAAUGUACAGCCCAGUAGCUAUUCUGGGUCAGACACACUUUACGAGUUCUAGACUACUCGGCUUUUAAUCAGAUACCCUACUGGUUUUUUUUCCCAGGGGAUGGUCUUGUGACAUCCGAAGGAGAAAGAUGGUUCCGUAUGAGAAGGCUUCUUACUCCAGCUUUUCACUUCGAAAUUCUCAAACCAUACGUUCGGGUUUUUCAGGACUCUACAGAUGUUCUCUUGGUAUGAUCUCAAUUCGGAUACUGUUGCAACAAAUGCGUUAAGUGUCACGAGAAUUGUAGCUUGCAUUACCUCCAUUUUUUAAUUGUUUCUUUCAGAAAAAGUGGUCCUCGCAGGGGAGGGGUGAGGUGGAGUUGUUCCAUCACGUGAGUUUGAUGACGCUGGACUCUAUCCUCAAAUGUGCUCAUAGUUACGUAAGCAACUGUCAAACACAAGAGUAAGUAAUGAGCCUUAAGCGUGUGUUAUUUCUGACGUUAACAAUAAAUUAACUGGGCUAAAGUUGUUUGUGCUUUUUAUCUUCUCUUGUUUAGGGACCAAGACCCAUAUAUCGCUGUUGUCUAUGAAGCUUCAAAUCAGAUUGUUAACAGGCUCAUGUAAGACAUUCAUUUAACUCUUUGUUCGCUUUUAGGGACUGGAGGGGGGUGGAAACAGAGGGAGGGUCACAACUUUUUGAGACUGCAGAAAAGGGAGGGGUCAUGAAAAAUGGGCGGUUAAAAGGGGGAGGGUCAUGCAAAUAUGUGUCCGUGAUCAUGUAGGUUCAUCUAAAAUGUAUGUAUAUGGCAUUACAAAGAACAGAUUAGAAAUAUAUUUUGAGCUUUCAUAAUAGGGACUCAACCUAGUGUAUUGCAAGAACUAGAUUUUAUCAUUUUUUACAAGAGGGGGAGGGUCAUUAUAUUUUAAGCCAAGGUCAAGGGGAGGGUUAGCAAAUUUCACUUCCAUUGCAGGGGUGGGUCACCUCAUUUCCGAGCCCAAAUUUAAAAUUCACACCCCCCCUCCCCCCUUGCUAAUUUCUGACAAGUCCCUUAUUCUUUUUAUACACAUGCACCGCUGGUAUAAGAUAUUCUCCCGCGUGGGGUAGGGCCCGAUAUGGUUAACUUUUUCAAGUUUGGUUAACAGGUAAUUCAGUGGCGUAUUCAGGGGAGGGGCCCGGGGGGCCCAGGAAAAAUUUUUUUUAGAGACCAGGCCCCCUCAUCUAAGGGUCUAGAUGACCGCCCCCGCCUCCACCCCCCUUAUCUCAAGGUCUGGAUCUGCACUCUACACUGUAAUUGACCAACCUUCCUAGACUCUAUGGGUGGGGGCGGGGAGUUGAAGAUGAGACUAUCAAAAGGAAGGGAGGGGAGUGCCAGGUAGGAAGUUUGAUACUGUCUUGACGAAAAAUCACUUUAACUAGCAAACGUCAUGAUUUCAGCCUACAUAUUUGACAUUGAACAUCUACGAUACUGAUUUCUUCGUUUCGCCCCAUGUAAGUCUUGGAUCCUGGAUUCCACACUGUGGAUUCUGGAAUCCAGGAACUGGAUUUCGUAUUCCUUGGCAGUGGAACGUGCAUCCGGGAUUCCAGAUUGCAAUAGCAGGAUUCCAGAUUUCCUGAACGCAAUUCUGGAUUCUAAAACUAAAAAAAUUUCUCCCAUUGCGAAAUCCUGAUAACCUUGCAUAGGGCGAUUCUUUGAUUUUUUUACUCAUCCAUGGUGGUUUUACACGUACGAUUUUCUAAUAUAACAGGAAUCCUCUUCAUCAUGCGGACGAAGUCUAUAAACUAACCCCCGAAGGAAGAAAGUUCUUCAAGAAUUGUGAUUUUGCGAAUGCCAAAGCACACCAAAUUGUCAAAGCUAGAAGAAAAGCUCUUCACCAAGACAAUGUGAGUACAAAUUCAAUCAUUUGUGUCAUUUCAGAAUACAACUUGUCGAAACCGUUUCUUUGUUUAACGGUUCUCUAAUAUACAAGAGUUUCUCUUUCCCCAGCAGGAAGAUAAAAAACUGAGGGAAAAGAAACAUUUGGACUUUCUCGACAUUCUUUUGAAGGCUAAGGUAAGAGGGAUCUUGUUCAUUGAAAAUUUUACUAUCCAACUUUAGACAUUUACAGUUCAUUCGUUCUUCCCCAAUCAGUCCUAAGACUUGGGGAAAGGCAUAUAAAUACAGCCCUUUAAGUAGGCAACUCUUAUUUUGUUGAUGCACUGACCCUGACUAACAUGACGCAAGACAAGUUGCUAGCUUUGUCUAGAAUUCACUGAGAAUCACUGAAUGGAAAAUGUUGAAACUACCGUUUCAUAGUUUGUAAUUCCAAAAUUUUCGAAAGGGGAUACCUCCAGAUUCCCAUAAUUAAAAAGCUCGCUCUCUUAGAGCUUGCACAUUAAUUUUGCCUCUUUUCAAUUUAGCCCGGCUACGGUGCAUCUGAUGUAACAUUUCUUCAUGAGUUUUACGCUAUGCAUCGCGAAAACUCUUUAAUCAUUUUUUUUUUCUGAGCCAGUUUGAUUUUUCACACUUGGGAAGGUCAAUACUUAAUUGCAGUGACUUCUUUCAGUUUUUGUUUGGCAGUGACAAUUAAAGGGAUAUUAGCUAUUUUGUUCUCUUUGUCUCAGGAUGAGAAUGGAAAAGGGCUGAGCGAUGAAGAAAUUGUUGGUGAAGUUAUGACGUUCAUGUUUGCUGGUCACGACACAACUGCUAGUGGUAUGUAUACCAGAGAGAUGGUUUUAAUUUUUUUUUGCCUUGAUGUCGUUCAUAUUUUGGUCUUAGUGAUUCAUGUAAUGUUUGCGUCUUACUGUUCAUUACUGUUAUUGUAAUCAUGAUCAGUAUCAUCACUACCAUUUUCCUCCUCCUUAUGCUCCUCCUCAUCAUUAUCAUCAAAGUCAUAAUCAUCGACAUCAUCAUCAUCAUCAUUAUCAUUAUUAUUACCAUAGUAAUCAUGUUCAGGACUACAUUUUGAGCAUUUCCCCUACGGGGGAAUCACCUCACGCCUAUCAAAACCUCAAAAAGGACCCAUUGAUCCCUAUUUACCUUAAACUUUUCCUUAGUUAUUGCAUGGACUUUAUACAACUUAGCAAAAUAUCCCGAACAUCAAGAGAAAUGCCGACAGGAAGUCGAUGAAGUGGUUGGGCUCAAUCAAGACUUAGACUGGUAAGAACGUAGCUAGUAACAGUCAUUAAAAGAAGUGACCUAACCUUCUGUGCUGAAAAUUUAGCUCACAACUUUCUCAUUUUCGCGUCUCACGACCCUAGUGCUUGUUCUUCUAGAGCUUAUUCCAGGCUUCUCACAGACCCUCAGCUACACCUCCCUAAACUCAUUUGGCUGACUUUUCUACCAGGGAUAGCCAAGAGACCUCCAUGUAGCCUGGGUGUAAUUUGCGUUUUUCUCGAGCGUGCUUACCAUCUUUCUUAUACUGCUACUCAGAGGGUCAUCAGUGCCACCAAUAGGGUUCUUUAAUCCCGUACUCCCGAAUGGUUAUUCUCGGCAUUUCGUGUCCAGUGCAUAAUUUCAAUCCCGAAUCUCGCCUCCAUUUUGCUUUAAAAUCCCAAGCUCCCGCAUUCCGGGCAGAUCCCGUAUCCGGAACAACCUGUGUGGGCCCUCUACUUAGGCAUUUUCGUUAAUUCCUAUAACCACUCCUUUAAUUUGCUACAAACGAGUAUAGGGCUGGCUCUUGCAAUGUGAAUAUUACUCUGGCUACUUUCAAUUGCGCAUGCUCUGAUUGUUUUAUCAGGAAACAUCUGAGCAAACUGAAGUACAUGCUCAUGUGCAUUAAGGAGUCAUGCAGGGUGUUUGCCCCAGUCCCCAUGAUAAGUCGAUCUUUGGACAAGACUUAUGAAAUAGACGGUCAUCUUGUUCCUGAAGGUAUAUAGACACAAUUGCAACAGGUCUUGCCAAUUUUAAGCCCUGCUAUACAAGGGUUGUAAAUAUCAUAAAGUUCUACAUCUUUCGAGUGUAAAAUGUAAAUUUAUGAAGAAAACUCUCGAACACUUUUCUUACGAUUUUUAGCUAGAUAACUUAAUUUGCUCGCUUUGACUACACUCGUCUGCCUUUCGUAAUUUUCACUUCUGAUUUAAAUCUUAGUCUUUUGGCAAACGCCUUUAAAGAACGACAAUUUUGCUCCAUUUCAGGUUCUUGGGUGAUGACAAAUAUAUACGCCCUUCAUCACAACCCGCACGUUUGGAAGGACCCAGAGGUUGGUCGAUGUAAUUUUAUCAAAUAAGAAACCAGAAGGAGUCUUUUAGGUUUAGAGCCGUCAAAUGUCGUGUAAUCUAGCAACCACACUGCGCUGAUGGAUCUACAAUCUCGCUUUGAGUCACGUUUUCAAGUUUUUGUCCACUUUUGCCGAGAGGCAAGUUUUAUUACUUUUCAAGUACGGUUACUUUUGCAAAAAGAGACUGUAACUUUCUGGAGCAGAUCAAAAUCAACAUCGCCCAUAUAAAAAAUCAUUCACUGCGUUUUUCCAUUUUAUAUUAUGAUGUAGAUCUUUGAUCCAUUGCGGUUUACAAAUGAGAACGCAAAGGACAUGUCGCCAUAUGCUUUCAUUCCUUUCUCAGCAGGCCCAAGGUAAGCGUUAUGGCAGUCGUCUGUUACUACGUGUUUGAUAAGUUUUUUUGUUGAGCUCCGUAACUAUGUUUUCUCUGAUCUCAGUCGCGUUCCUGGUGAGGAGAGGCCUGAGGGAUAGACCUUGAGGGAAGCCCUUACUUUUAGACAAGAACGAGACCUAAAUAGCCGAUAACACCCUCCCCUCUCCAUAAUCUGAAGAGCUGGAUAAAUGUCCCUUCCUUUCCACUCCAUGUCUGAUCCGCUCUUAGGUGUCUGGCAGCCGAUACUUGUCCCUAGUCCAUCAUGACUUAAAAGUUGUUUCGUUAGCUAAUUAGACAACUCCUUCUGAAAGCUUCGUGACGCCCGGUAAUGUUUGCAAAGGAUACGAACUAACACUAUUCCCAAAUUCAGGAACUAUAAGGAAGAAUGUCUACAGGCUUUUGCGCAACGAUUUUUGGGAUCUUUUGGGUGGAAAAGUGUUUGUAAAUGAUAAGUCACUUGUAGAAGGGCAACCAUUAAUCAGUCAUAAGUUACGUGUGUCCAUCAGAAUGAUCAAAGAGAUCAUUGGGCUCACAGCUUUUACCCACUCUUCUUGUGAGGUGUGAGAAUUAGUUUUAGGUGGACUAAUCAAGAUAAAAUUAUAAGUGAUACAAGGAUAAUUCCUUGCGCUCUAUACUACUACAUCCACGAUACGAUGGAAUGGCAUGGGGUGUAAGUAAAACGCCAGAGUCGGGGUCCAUUGCUGUUUGUUGUUUGUUAUUGUUGUUGUUUUUUUAGUUCGUUGUCCGUGUCUAUGUUGGCUAGGGGGAAACUAGUAAGAGAAGUUGAAACAGAAGAAUAAUAGACCCCUUGGCAGUAUUUAAAUGACACCCGAUAAAUCGUCAAACCGCAAUAUUUUCCCUCUUGCGUACCUAAUCUAUUUCUUCAUCUGUCUGAUAUAGGAACUGUAUUGGACAAAACUUUGCACUGACAGAGGUUAAGAUUUCAGUAGCCAUGAUACUUCGCAAGUGAGUUGAACUUAGAACAGCUUUUCUGCAUGGAGACAAAAUGACUUUGUCUCCCAAAACAGUCCCGAAGUGCAGUUCAACCCAAUUCCGAACCAGUGUCACGUGACACCUCAAACUGGCCAAGUCAAAAACCUCGUAGUAGACUUUCUGAAAGUUCUCCUUUUUUCAUAGUUGGUUAUGCCAUUUUAAAGGACCUGUUUGGCGCGAAAUUCCAUCGAUGACUUCAUGACAACUGACCAAUAGUCGACUCGCUACUUCGUCGUUCGCUCGGUUGCGUGCGACCUCAUUGAUGCCCGCUUCGUUCACAUUUCCUCAAUGAAGCUCGCUUCGCUCUCUUUUUAACUUAUGAGAGAUCGACUUGUAGCGUGCAAGUCUAAUCUCGUAAGUACUAUCGAGGGAGACAUUGACUGUCCAAAUUCUUUCUGUCCCCAUUACUGGUUCAUGAAUCCUUAAUUAAAUGUGAAUGAAGUUUCGAAUCAGGUACCUCAAGUCAGCUUCAAACGCUUUGAUAAAAACGUUUAUUGCCUGGGAGGACGAAAUUUCUGUGACUCACUACUAACUGAAAUGGUUGUUAGCAUAGAGGUUUUAAGCAGGCUUCAAUCUCUCUCCUUGUCGAGUCGAAGGUGUUAUUAAUUAAAAUAAUUGAUUGUUUUACUUUUCCUUUUAAACGCAGGUUCAAGUUAUCUCUUGAUCCCGCAAACGUCGUCCCAGUGGAUGAUCUGAUUCCUGAACUCAUAUUACGCUCCAAGAAUGGAAUAAGGAUUAAUAUCUCAACCCGCAUUUAA